AUGGCCGAGAAAGAUUCGAACGUCGUCCGUACGGGCACCGGAACGUCUGAAGCAGACUCGCCCCACUAUGUCGAAGGCGUCACCAUCCCCCGCCCCGAUGGAUUUAUUUACAAGGGCUUCAAGCUGUUUCCCGGCACCAAACAGAUCUGGUAUGCCUCUCCGAAGGCCCAACUCCUGAUGGUAUCAUUCGUGUGCUUCCUGUGCCCGGGUCUAUACAACGCUCUCAACGGUCUUGGUGGUGGUGGUCAGCUCAACCCUCACGUUCAGGCCAACGCUUCAACCGCGACGUACGCUGUUUUUGCUAUUGUCGGUUUCUUCUCCGGUUCAUUCGCAAACAAGCUCGGUAUUAGAAUCACCCUCGCGAUAGGUGGUUUCGGUUAUUCCUUGUACUCGGCCAGUUUUUUGGCCUACAAUCACACCAAAAAUGAGGGCUUCGUUACAUUCGCCGGUGCUCUGUUGGGGUUGUGCGCUGGUUUGCUUUGGACCGCGCAGGGUGCUAUCAUGAUGGCCUACCCUCUAGAGAAAUCCAAGGGUAGAUAUAUCAGUGUCUUCUGGAUCAUCUUCAACGCUGGCGGUGUCUUGGGUGCUCUGAUUGUGCUCGUUCAGAACCUAAAUAACCCGAGCGGAACGGUUAACGACGGCACCUAUAUUGCCUUCAUCGUUCUCAUGUUUGCCGGUGCUAUUCUCGCCUUGACCCUCGUUAACGCAGACAAGGUUAUUCGUGAGGAUGGCUCCAAGGUCAUCGUCAUGAAGGAACCUACCUGGCAAUCUGAGUUUUACGGCCUCUGGGAGUGCAUCCAAUUACAGCCAUGGGUCGUGCUCCUCUUUCCCAUGUUCUUUGCCUCCAACAUUUUCUACACCUACCAGCAAAAUGGUGUCAAUGGAGCUCAUUUCAACCUACAAGCGCGGUCCCUAAACUCGCUAUUGUACUGGCUCGCGCAGAUUCUAGGCGCUAUAGUGUACGGUACUGCCCUCGACUACUCCGGGAUCCGCCGUUCUGUGCGCUCAAAGAUCGCUUUGGUCACCCUGAUCAUCCUCACCUUCGUCAUUUGGGGAGGUGGUUAUGCUUUCGAAAAAGAUCAACCACCCCGAUCCGUCACUAUCCAGCAAGACUAUGAGGCGCAAAAGAUUGCUUACACCGAACUCCGUUAUAUCGGCCCGGCUUUCCUGUACAUCUUUUACGGCUUCUACGAUGCUUGCUGGCAGGCCUCCAUUUACUGGUGGAUUGGCGCUCUCUCCAACUCGGGCCGUAAAACUGCCAACAUGGCUGGUUUCUACAAGGGUAUCCAAUCAGGUGGCGCUGCUGUUUUCUGGGCUCUGGACGGACAAGGCGUCUCCUACCGUACACUUUAUGCCGCAACUUUUGCUCUGUGUGCCGCCUCCAUUUUCAUUGCCGCUCCAGUCAUCUGGCUUCGCAUCAAGGAUACCACCGACAUUGAAGAGGACCUGAAGUUUAGUGAUGGGACAAUCGAGGAAGUUGCGCCCACUGCUGUUCUCCAGGAGAAGCGCGCAGCCAUUGAAAACCAUGUCUGA